AGGUUACGCAGAGAUGGCGGCACCCAGGGUCGGCUGAGGCGUGCAGCUGAGGAUGGCGCUGGCGGCGGGGGCUCGGCUGGCGCGGCCGGGGCUGGCGCGGCCGGGGUUGGCGCGCGGGCACUGGACGCCGGCCGGGCGGUCGCGAAGCCGGCGGCAGGCGGCGGAGGCCGAGGCGGACGCGCCCGUGCUGCAGUACGUGGGCGAGCGCGCGGCCCGCGCCGACCGCGUCUUCGUGUGGGGCUUCAGCUUCUCGGGGGCGCUGGGCGUCCCCAGCUUCGUGCAGCCGAGCUCCCGGCCCGCGCCGCGCGGCGCCCCCCGGCCGCGCCGCAGGAUCCAGCCCGUGCCCUACCGCCUGGAGCUGGAGUCCCAGAUCUCUUCGGCGGCCUGUGGCUACGGGUUCACGCUGCUAGCCUCUCGGACCAAAGACGUCACCAAGGUCUGGGGCAUGGGCCUCAACAAGGAUUCCCAGCUUGGCUUCCACAGGAGCCGGAGAGACCAAAGCCGGGGUUAUGACUAUAUUCUGGAGCCGUCGCCGGUGCCGCUGCCUCUGGACAGACCACAGGACACGCGCGUGCUGCAAGUGGCUUGCGGCCGGGCCCACGCCCUGGUGCUCACGGACCAGGAAGGUGUCUUCAGCAUGGGCAACAACGCGUAUGGGCAGUGUGGACGCCAGGUGGUGGAGAACGAGGUGUACAGGGAGAGUCACCGAGUGCAUCGGAUGCAGGACUUUGACGGCCAAGUGGUCCAGGUCGCAUGCGGUCAGGACCACAGCCUCUUCCUCACGGACAAAGGAGAAGUCUACUCCUGCGGAUGGGGCGCCGACGGGCAGACAGGCCUGGGUCACUACAACACCACUAGUGCCCCCUGCAGGCUUGGUGGAGACCUUUCGGGGGUGAAGGUCGUCCAGGUGGCCGCCUAUGGGGAUUGCUGCUUGGCCGUCUCUGCCGAUGGAGGUGUCUUCGGUUGGGGGAACUCUGAGUAUCUGCAGCUGGCCUCUGUCACGGAAUCUACACAGGUCAAUGUCCCUCGGAACCUGCCCUUCUCGAAGGUGGGCAGGGUGAAGCAGGCAGCAUGCGGGGGCACCGGCUGUGCUGUGCUCAAUGAGGAAGGACAGGUCUUCGUCUGGGGCUACGGCAUUCUCGGGAAGGGGCCAGGGCUGGUGGAGACAGCACUGCCCGAGAUGAUCCCCCCCUCGCUCUUUGGAGCCACGGACUUCACCCCCGAUGUCCAGGUGGCGCGCCUCCGGUGCGGGCUCAGCCACUUUGCGGCCAUCACUGACCGAGGCGAGCUGUUCGUGUGGGGUAAGAAUGUGCGUGGCUGCCUGGGCAUCGGCCGCCUGGACGACCAGUACUUCCCGUGGCGGGUGACGCUGCCCGGCCAGCCUGUGGACGUGGCGUGUGGGGUGGACCACAUGGUGACUCUGGCCAAGUCUUUCGUCUGAGCCUCUGGAGCUGCUGGGCCUGGGCUGUGAGUGCCCGGCGGAGCGGGGCCAGCGGCCCUGCAAUGGCUCCAAUGGCACUGGGAGGUGGCAGCACCCUCCAAAGGACACUGGGCACUGACUGGGGGCUCGAGGAUGGCCAUCACCUGCCAGGUGCGCAUGGCAGUUCUGUGCUUGUGUGGCAGGGGAGGCACUUGGGAGGCGCUGGACCCUCUGUUGACACUUCAGCUGUCCCCGCAGGGCCUGGCUGCCUUGGGCCUUAGUUCUGAUGACCAGUCACUGUGCCCACAUGCUGUGUGCACGCAUAUGGCCCGCCAGCCCUGGAUUCCUCGGCCCGGGCCUGUGCCAGCCUGCACCAGUGGGCC